UGGGGGAGUGGGGCGGGCGGCGGGGAGGGAGCAGGAGCCAGGAAAGAAAGUAGCAGAAAGUGAGGCUGGCAGGCGGCGGCAGAGGCAGGAAGUCUGUGCCGGGGAGCAGUAGAAAUUAGAGCCAGGGAGGGACCGCGGCGGCAGCAGCCAAGGAGAAAGAGGAAACUGCCGAAGAGGAAGCUCUGCGGCAGCCCGAGCCUCCCUGCGCUCCGCAUCCUCCAGCUCCGCAUCCCCGAGCUUGGCAUCCCCCGGCGCCUCCGGCGCCCCUUCCCCAGCGCAACCCCCGGCCGCCCUACAGCAUUAGUCUGCCAUGGCCCGGGAGAACGGCGAGAGCAGCUCCUCCUGGAAAAAGCAAGCGGAAGACAUUAAGAAGAUUUUCGAGUUCAAGGAGACCCUCGGAACUGGGGCCUUUUCUGAAGUUGUUUUAGCUGAGGAGAAAGCGACUGGGAAGCUCUUUGCGGUGAAGUGCAUCCCGAAGAAGGCGCUGAAGGGCAAGGAGAGCAGCAUUGAGAACGAGAUUGCUGUGCUUAGAAAGAUUAAGCACGAAAACAUUGUUGCCUUAGAAGACAUCUAUGAAAGCCCGAAUCACCUUUACCUGGUCAUGCAACUUGUGUCUGGUGGAGAACUCUUUGAUCGGAUAGUGGAGAAGGGGUUUUACACAGAGAAAGAUGCCAGCACUCUCAUCCGCCAGGUCCUGGAUGCUGUGUACUAUCUCCACAGAAUGGGCAUCGUCCACAGGGACCUCAAGCCAGAAAAUCUCUUGUACUACAGUCAAGACGAGGAGUCCAAAAUAAUGAUCAGUGACUUUGGCUUGUCAAAAAUGGAGGGCAAAGGAGAUGUGAUGUCCACGGCCUGUGGGACCCCAGGCUACGUCGCUCCGGAAGUUCUCGCCCAGAAACCAUACAGCAAAGCUGUCGACUGCUGGUCCAUCGGGGUGAUCGCCUAUAUCUUGCUCUGUGGUUACCCUCCUUUUUAUGAUGAAAAUGAUUCGAAGCUGUUUGAGCAGAUCCUCAAGGCAGAAUAUGAGUUUGAUUCCCCCUACUGGGACGAUAUCUCUGACUCUGCAAAAGACUUCAUUCGGAAUCUGAUGGAGAAAGACCCAAAUAAAAGAUACACCUGUGAGCAGGCAGCUCGACACCCAUGGAUCGCUGGUGACACAGCCCUCAGCAAAAACAUUCAUGAAUCCGUCAGUGCCCAGAUCCGGAAGAAUUUUGCAAAGAGCAAAUGGAGACAAGCGUUUAACGCCACAGCCGUUGUGAGACAUAUGCGGAGGCUACAGCUCGGCAGCAGCCUGGACAGUUCAAAUGCAAGUGUCUCAAGCAACCUCAGUUUGGCCAGCCAAAAAGAUUGUGCGUCUGGCACCUUCCACGCUCUGUAGUUUCCUUUCUUCUUCGUCGGGGGUCACAGGAGUCGGAGCUGAGAGGAGACCCAGGCCCACCACUGUGACAACAGGGCACACCGGAAGCAAGUGACCCGGCUCUGGAGGUGGAACCCAGGGGGCGGGGCCGGGGAAGGAGAAGCCCCUGGCCGGAGCAGCUCCUGCAUCAGAAACCCCACCCACCCUGCAUGGUGCGCCUGCGUAGGACUGGAAGACAGAAGUUUUUUUAUGGCCAUAUUUUAUACUGCAAUUCUGAUGUGUUCAUUUCUCACAAACUGUACUGACUGACUCAAGGGGAGCUGGCGUCACAGGAUCUGGUGCUGUAUAUACGAAUCUUGCAAAGCUCUAACUGAAUGGACCUUCUUACUCCCCUCCCCCAACUCCACCACUUCCUCUCUCUCAGUGUAGACAGCCGUCUAGGGUGUAUUUUUUCAUGAAAAAAAAAAUCAAGGUUUCAACUGGAUUAUUUAAAUAUUGGUAAAUGUGCAUUAGAAUUUUUUUUUUCUUUUGAGAUGUGUCUUUUUGAUCUCUGUUAGUUACAUUUGCCCUUUAAUAGUGGUUUUACGUUAACCUUGAAGAGAUAUUUUCCCCUCCCAGAAGGGUUAAAAGGCAUUUUUUACGAAUUCUAAGAGGAUCAAGAAUCUGUGUCCACUGCUAAGAGUGCACGUUACUUGUGUCCCUUCCUUCAGAGGUCACCCCAGCAGCUAAGCUGAGAUGGCUUCUCUCUCGGGUGGCUUUUGGCAGGGAACUGGCAGAAAACCUUACAGGCAGCUUCCCCUGAGAACUCCUCCACUCUCAAUUCCAGGCUCCACAUUACAGGUGAACUGCACUCUAGGAGCAGGACCCCCACAGUGCCAAGAUUGAGGAGCCUCCCUCGCUGAAGGGACGGACUGCCAUCUUGUUUUUUAAAUGAACCAUACACAGCCCUCAAUUCUUAGGGGGAUGAUGGAUAAAACUCUUCUCAGCUAUGCACUUUUAAAACAAAUCUCUUUAUCUGUUUUAAUUUUUUCAAUUCAUCUCUAAUAGUACCUUCAACUGGCCUAU